UCCGCUCGAUGAAUGGACAUCAGACACAAGUACCAAUCAUCGUGAAUCAUAAUGCCCCUAAUCUUCGCAACCUCCGGCAAUGGGUCCUUCUCCAUGGCUUCUCUAACGCUCCUGUUAGCACUCUUCACUGCAAAUCUUUGCAUCACAGGAGCUCAAAUAGGUGUUUGCUAUGGCAUGCUGGGAAAUAAUCUGCCGUCUCCUCGUGAAGUGGUGGAUCUUUACAGAGCCAACAACAUUAAGCGAAUGAGACUCUACGACCCAAAACAAGAGGCUCUUGAAGCUCUGAGCGGCUCCGGCAUCGAGCUCAUGCUCGGCAUCCCCAACGCCGACCUCCAGCGCCUCGCCAACAACGCCGGUGAAGCCCGCCGAUGGGUUCAACGCAACGUUCUCAACUUUUACCCCGCCGUCAACAUCAAAUACAUCGCCGCCGGCAACGAAGUGAACCCCGCCGCCGGAGACAACAGGAAGUAUGCCCCGUACGUCCUCGGGGCGAUUCAGAAUGUGUACCAAGCCAUACGUGAGAGAGGCUUUCACGAGAAGAUCAAGGUCUCUACGGCCAUUGACAUGACCCUGAUAACGGAGGACUCAUUUCCUCCGUCGAGGGGGAGGUUCCGAGACGACGUCAGAAAGUACCUGGACCCUAUCAUAGGCUACUUGGUCUAUGCAAAAGCGCCCUUGUUAGCCAAUAUAUACCCUUACUUCGCUUAUACUGGGAGCCGUGGUAAGGUACCUCUGAGUUACGCUCUGUUCACUGAACCAAACGUGUUCGUUCAGGAUGGCUCGAGAGGCUACCAGAAUCUGUUUGAUGCCAUGUUGGAUACGUUGUAUGCAGCUUUGGAUAGUACGAGGAUUGGAGCGGUGAAAGUGGUGGUGUCGGAGAGUGGGUGGCCUUCCGCUGGAGCGGAACCAGCUACUCCGAAGAAUGCCAAGACUUACUUGGAGCAAUUGAUCCCUCAUGUGAACACAGGUACUCCUAUGAAGCCUGGACCCGUCGAGACGUACAUUUUUGCCAUGUUCGAUGAGAACAACAAGACGGGAGAAAAGACCGAGAAACAUUUUGGGCUCUUCUUUCCCAGCAAACAGAACAAGUAUGGCUUGAGUUUUGGGGCAUAACAAAAGUUGCAAAUUAAUUGCAGGUGCUCAGGCUGGGUUUUACAACAUCACGCUUCCUCCUAAGUAGUGUGUGAUUACAUAUCGUCUUGUACGAAUAAAUAAAUAAAUAAAAACCUCUGCACUGCAGUUUGUCUUCGACUUGAA